CGACGAGCUUUGUAGUUGAUAACUUAGUUGUUCUCUUUUGACAUUACUGAGCCAAAUUGUUAUCGGUAACCUACCUCACAUACGUUUUCCAUUCAAUCUUCCUUUAUUUUUGUUAUUCAAUCAUCUUUCUUUAUAAUUGUAUGAAACUAUGAAUAGUUAUAUUCAAUCUUCCUUUAUUUUUGUUAUUCAAUCAUCUUCCUUUAUAAUUGUAUGAAACUAUGAAUAAUGAUAUUUUAAUUGGGUGAAAAAUGCUCAUUCUGCUACCAAACAAAACGCUACCGUGUUUAUGAAGAGAGAGAUAAACAUAAAACUUUUACAUAAUGCCAACGGUUCAGUCGCACAAUAAAAAAAAAAAAAAACCCAACGGUUCAUACUUCAUUCAUAGUUUCGUCCUCACGCCGAACAGUUACAACCUACAACUGCUGCCAAAUUUGAAGUUACGCGCGUGUUCGUUUCCUUCAAUGCCGUUACUUUUUCCUCUUCUUCAUUCAUUCACAUUUGGAUUACAACCAUUCCUUCAGUUACAGUUGAACAACCCUAAUUUCCUCAACUUUCAGGCGCCAAAUUUGUGAGCAGCGAUUCGAAGACGAAACACCAGUUCUCGCUUGGAUUCAAACACCACUGAGUGAGUGCGUUGCAAUGGAGUUUGAGGACGCGCAUUAUAAUCUCCGCGCUAUUAGGCUCUUGUACAGGCUUCUUGAAGAUCACAGCAUCGCAUUGCAAGAUGAAAAUUCUGAGAUUGUGAUUGAGAGAGCUAGAGUUUUAUUGAGAAGUUUGAUGGAUGUUGCAGUUGAAAGUGUUUUCGAGACUCAUUUAAAGAUCACAGCAACACAAGCAGCCAUGUCUAAGUCAUCCAUUGAACAAGAAAAGCCUGUGGCCGAGUCGCUGGCAAAGUCUCCUAUGGAAACUGGCAUUUCUCAAAGCUCUGUAGAACAUCCAAGUUGCAGUGAAGUGACUCCACAGAAGAUUGAGCAGCCCCAAUUGAAGUUACUAUCUGAGAAAGAACUGCCAGAGCCUUCAUACUUUGGCAUCUCUGAUACUGGAGGGACAACAAGUAAAGCACUAUGCAGUCUAGGUGAGGAGGAAAAUAUGAUGCAACAGAGUUUAGUCAAAGGAACAAAUCUAUCUGAUGAGAAGGGCAAUUUACCCUACACAGAGAGUAGUAAUCCUGAACAGCAGCAUGAUAAUUUGAAUACUUCAUAUGGAGUUGGUGAGCAUGCAACUGAGUCAUUACAAAAUUUUGACUCAAAAACUGGUGAGUCCAAUGAAGACAAUAAUUUACCAUUGAUGAAUAAAAUUCAUGAAGCUCAACACAGUUCUAGUGCUGCCAGCCAAGUUGAAUCUCUGGAUCAGAUGGGUGAUUUCUCUGAUGAUUUGGUACAUGCAAUCAAGAGAAUCGAAUCUCGCAUUUUGGCUUUUCAGAUUUUUUCAAACAUGAUGGAAUCCCCUAAAAACACUUCUGUUCACCAUACUAUGCAAAACAUAACCAAUCUAGAAAGUCCUGAAAUGCAAAGAAAUGAUGGGGCUGCAAAAAGUCAAUUGAGUUGUAGAAGGUCUCUCUUGGAAGGGCGCAGGUUAACCAAUCUGCAGAAAAAUAAAUCAAGUUGUAAGGAUGAAAAUUUGAUUUCAGAAAGUGAAUUUAAGGAUCCUUUAUUAUCUGGAAAUGAAUCAUUGAGUCAGAGUCAGGUGGCAUAUCCAAAUCAUGCGCUUCGUACUGAUACAGAAUCUGCAAAAAGCGUUGAUAUACCAAAGAAUGUUGGUACCCAAUUGGUAUCAGAAGGAAAAGAGUUAAGAAGUCAGACUAGGAUGCAACCUUCAGCACAAAACAUGAGCAUGGUAGAGAGAGUUAAGUCAGUGAAUAGGUUAGCUGGUAAUGAUCCCCACUUGGGGAGUCAAGCUAGUGACUGUAGUCAAGGUUUGAGAGUCCCAUUGAAUCAAGAUGAUCUUACUAAAAAGCCUUCCAGGUUUUCUAAUCAAACAAACAGGGAAAGUUUGGUCAGAAAAACUCCAGUUGCAUGGUCAAAAACUGAUCAGAAUCAGAAGGGAAGGAGUUCUGAAUUAUCCUUUGCACAAAAGUUAAUGGGAUCCACGCCCAAAGUUUCCCGGAGAGAAAAGCCACAGCCUCAUCAGAUGGUAAUAAAACCAACUCUAUUGGACCAGAGAUCCAGUGAAAUUAAGGUGAACUCCCAUCAACACAGAGACCAGUCAGUUUUGGACAGGAGAGGAGCUCAUAAGACUGGUCAGGAUGAACCUCAGAAGACAAGGGUUCAACCACAACAUUGUGAACUGGAUGAGUCGAGUUCAAACAUGGACUCUUCUUCUCACUGGAGCUCUCAGCAAGGCAGUGCAAAUAGUAGUAGUGACACUGAGGACUACUCCUUACAAGCUGGGUCACAAGGUCCUAUUGAUGCAGAAUAUGAAGGCAGCUCAGAAGAGAGUAGUAACUCAUAUCUCUAUAAAAGUGAUGGUCCUUCACACAGAGUUGGAAGUCUCAAUUCAUAUAGAUAUCACAGUAAAAGAAAUCCUAAGAAAAAUAAGGUUGGCCAUGAUGAACCUCGGAAGACAAGUGGUCAACCACAACUUCAUGAAGUAGAGGAGUCAUACUCAAAUUCAGACUCUUCUCACUGGACUUCUCAGCAAGGCAGUGCCAAUAGUAGUAGUGACUCCUUGGACUACUCCUUGCCAGUUGGCACAGAAGAUCCCACAAUAGAAAGGCUGGUUGAUGCAGCAUAUGAAGGAAGCUCAGAAGAGAGUAGUAAUUCAUAUCUCUACAAAAGUGAUGGCCCUUCACAUAGAGUUGGAAGUCCCAGUUCAUAUAGAUAUCACCGUAAAAGAAAUCCUCAGAAAACAAUUGGAAGCCUAAGGAAGCUGAAAAAUAAGUUGGGAUUGAUCUUUCACCACCACCACCACCACCAUCACCAUCACCAUCAUGAUGAUGAUAAUGGUAACUUUCAUUCAAAUGCAGGUCAUAGACAUCCAAUGUGGAAUCGCUUGCAGAAUGUCUUCCACCACAAAAACAAGCAUGGGAUGCGAACAAAACAUAAGGUUGAGAAGUCAAAGAGAGGGGCUAUUGCAAGAGUAAACCCUCGUUCAAAUCAGGUUGGACAGUUUCACAGACUUGUGGAAGGGCUUUUGAGACACAUCCGACAUUCGAAGAAACCAAAGCAUGGUAGGGUGAAAAGGUCCAGGUAUACCCCACAUGGACAUAGUCAGAAGAAGCUGCAUUGGUGGCACAUCCUUGGACGACGCCGGGGAGUGAAGCUGAAAAGUGGUGGCCGAGUAAAAGUGGGAUUUAUAAGCCAAAAGUCACUAAAGAACUAAGUUGAAUUUGGGUGCACAUUUGAAUUUCUUGUCUUGCAAGUAUUGCCUUUUAGCUCGUAGUAUUACAACUCCUGGGUUUUAGCUCUUAUCCGGUUUCAGAACAGGUACUUUUACUCUUUCCAACCUAAGAAUGUUUUGUGUUGAUUGCGUUGAUGCUAUUUUACCACCUGGAACUCAGAUAAUUCAUUUGGAGUGGCUGGAAAUUAUUGCUUGCACUUGUCCCACCAAGAGUCACUAUUCACGUGACUUAAAGGCUUGGAUUAACUCCAACAACCUUUGAUGAAAUUCGGCCUUAAAUAUGACUACUUCUAGAUUUUGAAAGAACUUACCAAAGAUUCUUGUUUUGCCUCUCCAGACAGCAAGGAAUUUGCUGGAAAAUGAAGGUAAUGAAAGAAAAUGCCCAAUAAUCUAGUAGUCCCUCAGAAGAAUGGAUCAUGCAGAAGAUUGCAUCCUUGAUUCCUGAUUUUGAAGAACAAGGUCCGUUAUUCGGACUUUGGAUCCAGUGACUCACUGACUCCUACAAGUAGAUAUACUAUCAAGUUGUGGCUCUUGCAAAUCAGAAGCUUCUUGGCCUUAAUCCGGUUGUGGCUCUUGCAAAUCAGAAGCUUCUUGGCCUUAAUCCGGUUGUGGCUCUUGCAAAUCAGAAGCUUCUUGGCCUUAAUCCGGUUGUGGCUCUUGCAAAUCAGAAGCUUCUUGGCCUUAAUCCGGUUUUGAGACAGAAGUGUGGGAACCGGGAAGUACGGUGUUGGUGCCUGCCAUCUGCAGUGGGGGAGGAGGGGCUUUUGCUAUUGUCGUUGAGCUCAUUUGGCAUAUGAAGUAUGCUUUGUUUAUCGAUCUGCAGUUCAGGACCAUAUGUUCAUCUCCAAACAGAAUAUUUUACAUAAAUUGUCAGUAAGUUUUGAGCACCAAAGAAAACAUCUUAAAGAAACAAGUGCAGAUUUGUAGAAGUGCUGCUGACAGAGAAAGGACUGAAGAACACAUGCUGGAUUGUACCUUGUGCAUGCAGUAGCAGUUGCUUGAAGACUGGGUUUUGUGGAUGUGUGCUUCUUUGAUGGGAAAGUGGACAGUGGACCUUCAAUAUUAACCAUGUUAACUGCUUGUCAACUUUUAGCUCUCAAAACUCACUUGCUCCCAUGUUUGAUUAUUGCCUCUCCAAUGAUAGUUUAUACUUUAUAUCUUGCUGUGUCUGUCUCUGCUUCCUUGCAAGUUAUGCACAAUAUGAACAGAGGAGAUUGAACGUGUUGGUACCGAGAAUUUCAACAACUUUUUUUUGCCUA